CCUCUUCUGUAAUAAGAAACCUUCCUCUGAGAGAUGACACAUGUCGGAGGCUUUAGUGCGUCACUGACUGCAGCCUUCUCACUCACCCCUGAAGGGAAAUGAUAAAUCCUUUUUGCAAAUGAAUGCAUUUCAGCAGCAACGUGAAAGACUGCAAUCCUGUGCUGUUAUCAAGAUUAAGUGUCAAGCCUGUGAUGUGAGGAAUUUUUGCAAAAGCAAGCAUGCCAUUUCCUUACAGGUCCUGAAUGUGUUCUGUCAGUAUCUGUGGGUGUAAAUAAUGAUCAUUUUGUUCCAGUAUGGUUAGAGAGGAGGUGCUGGCGGGUAUUUUAUCACUGAACCGAUGGGUAUAAAUUAACUUGUGACGGGACAACCAGAUGUCUGGACUCUUUCCAUGAAGCAGAUGCACAGGGGGAAACCAAAGGGGGUAAGUAUUCUCUGAUUUAAAACAAAACCUGCUAGAAAUGCAUGAAUGAUUAAGAAUGCAAUAAAAAACAAUAUAUAAGUACAUCUCAAAAGAGCAGAAUACUUUGUAAAAGUUUAAUAUUUUUAGUCACUUUAUUCAAAAAGUGAAAUUCAUAUUCAGAGAGAGUUAAGAGAAAAAAAAACAAUUGUGAUAGGAAAAAGUUAAUUAGUAAAUAAAGGUAAAACUGCAGCCUAGAGAGGAUUAUCAAGCAAAAUCAAGAAUUUGUUAGAACUUUACAAGGAGUGGACUGAAACUGGAGUUAAUGGAUUCUACACAUGGGAAGCAAGCGUGUUGCUCAGUGAUCCAAAACCCUCUUUUCAGCAAAGGUUAAGGUUUGUAUUUUAUUUGGACAUCAAGGUCUCACAGAGUGGAAUAAGAGGUAAAGAAUCGGCUUUGAGUAGAAUGUCACUGUCAUGCAGUUAUGAUUUCAGGUGCCAUGUCAUCUGCUGGUGUUGAUCAGCUGUGUUUUCUGAAGUCAACAGAAAACAGACAGCAAUCUACCAGAAGAUUUUCGAACACUUCAUACUUCUUUCAGCUGACAAGCUUAGCUGAGAUGUUGAUUUCAUUUUCAGGACUUGGCAUUUGCCAACACUGCCACAGGCAGCAAAAGCUGGUUCAACGACCCUGGUGUCACUUGGCUUGAUUGACCAGUAACCUGAUCUGACCUGAACCUGAAGAGAAUCGAUCAGUUUUUGUCGAGAGGUAGAUGAGAAACAGCAGAUACAAGGACGCACAUUACCUGGAAGCCCGCAUCAAAGCAACCUGGGCUUCCAUUACGCCUCAACAAUGCUGCAGACGGAUUGUUUCCAUGCACUAAUUCAUACAAACUAACUUCUAUAUUUUCUCCUUAUUAGAUGUGUGCUAUUUCAGUGGCCAAGCAAAACCUAAAGAGCAGCAGCUCUUAUUAACUUUUUGCCGAGUAACCGGUUUUAUUAUUUUUCGUCUCAUAAUUUUUAUGUCUGGCUAAAAAAAAAAAAAUAUCUUCGUAUCAGCAUGUCACACUUCUUUUGAAACAGAUGAGACUGGAUUGUAUAAUGAAGUAAAAUACAAAGAAAGAUGUGCUGUUAGAGCCAGAUCGGGAAGAUAAAAGUCCGGUAAAACAGGCCCUCUGCAUUAUCUUCGUAACAAAUGAGCAUUCCUUUGAGACAGCAUGUUGAGCCAAGUCACAUUUGCAUAUUUGUGGUAUUACUAAAUAAAAUAAAGCUUUUUACUAUCUUGUAGUUGCUGUUGUAUUUAUUGCACUGACAUUGUAAUUUUUUUCACAGGUUUCUAGCCAGACUCUUGCGGAUGUGCCAGAUGAGGGAGGAAAACCUAAGUUAAGACAGAGAGUGAAGCUACCCGGAGCCAUUCACAAUGUCUUUCAAGCUUACCAAAAAACCGAGCAGCAAAAAGAAAAGACCCCUGAAGGACAAUGCCCAGGCAGAGAUUCUUCAUAAGCUUGGCCUAGAGGCCUAUAGCACUAGACAACUUGAUUCUGCAUCAGUAUUAAAUAUCAACACAUGGACUCUGGAGGACAAACCGCCUCUAGAACUCAAAGAUCUUCCAAAUACUUUCCUCAGACGCCUUUGGCUGCUUAGUGAAGAUGCCCGGAGCACUUGUUGCCAGACUCGGCUUGACCCUUUCAGUGAGGAUGGCAAACUACCAGAGGAAAAACUCAGCAGUUCUGAAGAAAAUGCUAUCAACCCCCUUGAUCUGGUCACGUCUGUCUUUAUAUCUGCUGACACAUUUCUGCAGCAGGAGAUAACUGUGCGCAUGAUGCAGUGCAAGUUUGCUGUGCCUUUGGUCCUACCAAACGCUGAUCCAGAGAAACCCGGUCAGUUCCUUCUCUGGCCUUUAAGAGGUGUUUUGGGCCAAUGGAGAUCUCUGGAUACUAAUGGCAGAGAACAAAAUGGCAAUUUGGCAAGUACACCACUGCCAAUUAUUUCAUGUAUAAAACUUGGCCAUUGCAGUGUCUCUAAGUCACAAGUGCUUAACUAUGUUCUGACUGGACCUAAAUCAAGCAAAAACAUAUUCAUACAUAAGGGUAUGGAUGGAGGGCAAGUUCCCCGAAGACUCUCUAAUGGCCUUGUAGAGAUUGGAUGGUAUCUACCCACUGAAGAUAUCAACAGAGAUAUAUACCAAGCCCCUUUUGUCAUCUCUAAUUUACGAGGUGAUGCCAGCAAUCAUGAGAGGUGUCUCAAACUUUUAUGCCAAACAUCAUCGGUGGUUAUAAUUUUCUGCGGUGACUUCAAGGAGAAAGAAAAACAACUCCUUGAAUCUUGCAAAGCCAUGGCAAGUAAGAUCAUCCUAAUUGAUGCCUACGGCACAGAAGGAGAAGAGAACACAACUAUGGGAUAUGGUGGACAAAGCCUUCAAAAAUGCUUAUGGCUUCCCAAAGAGUCUGUGUUUCCAGGGAGUACUUUGAGUGAGCAGGAAGUGGCAAACAACCUUCGUGAAAUCCUUAAAAGUUGGGUACCAGACAGUCUGAAGCCCGUUACACUUGAGGCAGCAGCAAAAUUAGCAUUGGAUAUUGGCCUAAAUGUGGAUGAAAGCCCAGUCUGCGCAAAAGCAAUGGCCACAGUGGAGGAAAUAUUGCAGGGUUUAGAUGAGGGAUCAGUUGAAUUUCAACAGAAACAACUCCCUUUGCAGGGGCAUUUGUGGCACAAACUGGCAGAGUUGGAUAAGGAGGAAAGCAAACACAGAAAAUCUGAAAAAGAAGCUGAACCCCAACUGCAAGAAGAAAAGAAAGACAUCUUGGCAGAGUUAAAAAGGUACAAAAUGACCCCAGCUAUGAAGAUUUUUAUAGACGCUCUUCUCACAAAGGAUAAAACUCAGAGGACUUAUUUCCUUACUUGGCUCAAAUUGAGGCUUCAACUACAACAAACCGAAAAACUAAACAGUUUUCCAGAGUCACAGACAGAAAAAACAGAACUGGAAAACCUUAAACAUGAAGCCAAUAACAGUGUAGAUAGUGACAGUUUCUGGACAGAUUCUGAAGAGGAAACUGAAGAACAGCCAGUAAACAAUGAAGGAUCAGACGUUGUUCAGUGCUGCAAAACAAAACAAGAGGAGGAACAUUUGCAUAAUACAGAAAACACCUCUCAACAUCUGGAGUCCACACCAGAGUUGUCAUGUUCUAACAAGGAACAAUUGUAUCUUGAAGAUUCAUGUGAAGAUGCUAAAGCCUUGCAUUCACAGUCUCUUGAGUCAAAAACAUACAAUUUAGGCAUUGAACACUUUUUCCGUGAGAUGGGGCUGAUUUUUGAGCUCACACAUAUGAGUGGAAGUCAGAAUGUGUUGCGUUUGCCCAAACUUGCAGCAGAUCUUCUCCUCCAUGGUGUUCCACUGGAACUAAUGGAUGGAGAUGCAUCAAACAUCCCCAUAUGCUGGCUGGGUUCCAUCUUUUCAGAGCUCAACCACACCUUACGUCAAGAGAAGUUGAGGACCAGAGUGCUGACGAUCCUUGGCAAUCAUCACUCUAGGAAUGCUGUGGUUCUCUCUGGCCUGUUUGGUGUUAAACUCCAAGAGGGAUGGAAAAGAACAAACAGAGGGGUAUAUAUGGCUGUUCUAAGUCUCCCUGAUGAUUGCAGAAAAGACUUAGAUUAUGAUCUUCUUUUGUUAAUUGAUGUGGAAGGCCUUGGCUUAGCUUCAGGAGGAAUUGAAACGGAUAUGUUAACUCAUGACAAUAUGAUGGCCACAGUUGCAAUAGGAUUAAGUGAUGUUUUACUCCAGAACAUUUCUCCUCAUGCUGGCAAAGAGAUGGAGACAACAUUUAAGGUCAUGGUCAGUUCUCUCCUCCGCUCCAAAGAAUGCGGUGUAGUUCCUAUUUGCAAUCUCCUGGUUCAAGAUGAGGGCUUAGAAUGUGUAUUACAAGCUUCCCAGUUGAGGCAUGUUUGCAAGAUGCUACUGACUGAAAACGAAGGAAAUGUCAACAAUCACUAUGCAUUAAAUACAAGCAGCACCACAUUUGUGAAAGGACCUUGGCCCAAUAUGUCUCUUUCUGAAACAGUUGAUCAGCAAUACACAAAUGAUGUGUUAAAGCUUAAGGAAACCCUGUUUGGAGCUCUAAAGAGACAUUCAACCAAGGCUGAAGAAUCAGAUUUCAUUGGACGAUUGUCGAAAGUGUGGGAUGCAGUAAAAAGUGAUUCAUUUUCCAUUAGUCUACAGAAUAUCAACACGGCUUUAGGGUUUUCUUUGCUCUGCACAGAGUUUUCCCAAUGGGAAGAUGGUCUUUUGGAAAGCAUGGAGAGCUGGUUAAUGGGGGCAACAACAAAAAUCAUUGCCACAAAGGCUUUGGAUGGUACUGCUCAAGAUGCCCUUUUAAAUGAGUUGAAGAAAGAAGCGCAGGAGGAAGUCAAAUCAGAAGUACACAAACUCAAAUCAAAGGCAGAAAGCUAUCUGAUGUCAGAAGAAAAUCUCAAAAGGAAUUCUGAAACAUUCAUGCCUAUGCUUUUGAGCAACAUGAGCAAACUCCAGGAAAGAGUAUGUGAGGAGGUCAUGCAAAAGUUGGAGACAAUCAAUGAGUCACACUGUUCUUUGUCUCAGAUUGAAAAAUUUGAAACAUCACUGGAAAGAGAGCAAGAGUUCAAGUUAGUCGCACUAGUGGAGACAAGCAAGUCCACCAAUAUUCUUCUUCAAGAUCAUGAACUGGAAGAGGAGUUUGAGAGUGUGUGGAAGAAGAUGUUGUCCAGUUUUGACUUCAGACCUUCAGAAAGUGAUGACAUUAGUUCAAGUGUGGCAGAAGUUCUGAGGCAGAAUCUAAUCAGUCGUGGCCUUCAGAAACACAUGGAAAAACUUGAUGUCAUAGGCCAAAAGCAGACUUCCAAUUUCCAAGUAUGUGAUGAACAUUUUGGAUAUCGCAGCCGGUUAAAACACAUGUUUGAAGACAACAAUAAGCAACAAAAAAUAGAAGCUCAAAAGGCAGCGAACAAAAUCAUAGAGGAAUACUCCAAGUUUAGUGCAAAUAAAUGCAGCUUAGCAGCAGAUUUCUCAGGAAGCUACAUCACUGAGCUGCUAGAAAUGAUUGAAAAUGGCUUAAGAGAAAAAUCAUUGGAAAUCCGAUCAGCUUUUGAAGUCGAUUUAAAAAUACAUCUGUGUAAUGCAGCAUGUCAAGAUUUCCAAAAAUUACAUGACCGCUUUGGCAAGGACAAAGAACUUCUGACAUAUAUAUCUGAAACCAAGAAUAAGUGUGCAGCAGAGUUCAUUUACAAGUUUAGGAAGCGAGAUCAGUGCCAGAGGGUGGCCCAAGCAUUCAUAUCCAUGGUCAUCAAACCAUUAGUGUUGGCGUAUAUCAAUCAGCCAUUGGGGAUACAUAUAGCAAAGGAGAUUGAGGAUAAAGCUAAGCAGUAUCAGUCUCCACAUGCUUUCCACCAAAGCAUCCUGGAAGAUCUGAUUAAUGAAGAUUGCUUUGAAAGCUUUAAACAAUAUUUGUUGUUCUAUGAAGACUACAGACUAACAAAGAUUCAUGACACAGUGGUUGCUCACUUGGCUGACACAACCAGCCUCAGUAAAUUAAAGCAACAAAGGCUUGGAGAAGUCGUAGGGCAGAUUGCGGCAGCUGUAAGUCAAACAACAGAAGGUGCCAGUGGAGUGCUCAGUGAUACAAAGCCACUCCUGGAGAGAGUCUGUCUCAUUUUAGAGAAAGAUGCAAACAUUAACGUUGAAAGGGAGUCUCUAAAUGGUCCCCUCUUUAGCAUCACAACAGAUUGGGAUUGCUUUGUUAAGUGUUUAAUAGAGUUACUGGCCACAAUGCGCUUAGGUCUCAGUCAGGAGUUCAACCAAAAUGUGGAUGUGCUCGAGGUUCUCAAUGACCUUCCAAUUCUGCCGCAGGACCACCUUCUCCAAAUAGUGAGAGGCUGUGACAAAAGAUGUCCUCUAUGCAAGGCCCCUUGUGACAAAGAAGAGCUUGACCAUGAGAUACACAGCUCUCUGCUUCAUCGACCCAAAGGCAUACUGCCUCAUGACAUCUGCUCUCCAUUUCAGCUCAGUAGCUCAGAAACCAGCAAGGACUCUUACGGAGAAUUCAUGAUGUGUAAAAAUCUUCCUUUGCAAGAUACGAACUGGAGCGAUGUUUCUGAUAACCUCAACAGCCAAAAGGCCAACAAUUAUUGGAGGUACGUGUUGGUGAGGUUUAAUGAGAAGUUUGCAGCAGAACACAAGCAAGAGCUUGCAAAGUUUCCAGAGGAUUGGACGAAGAUCACAAAAGAGGAGGCUUUAGAUGGUUUGAAAGAAGUCUUUGGCAGAAAAGAGUGUAACUAAAAUGGGGCAUUUAUUUUUACUCAGUUUUUAUUGCUAUAUUAAUUUUUAUAUUCUUCAAGUAGUUCAGUGAGUUAUUCUAAAUAUCUUUUAUUCGGUUCUUAUUUUGACUUCGUAUGUUUAAAGUAAGAAAAAUGUGAACUUGAUUUGAGAAUUUUGUCUAAAGCCUGAUGAUAUGUUAAAUUUUUCCAUUAUUUUUAUUCACCUAUUACUAUUUUCAUACAUAUUUUAAAUUCUGUUGUGUGUGUUUUUUUUUAUUGUCAUUAUGGCAAAAUGGCAGAAUAUUGCUUCAGACUAGCUAAAGACAUAGAAAAUGUGAAAUUAUUUUAAAUAAUACAUUUGUUAGGCUGCUGCUGUUUUUUCUUUUCUUUUAGUGUGUUAUCUGAUACAUGAAAAAAUGGCAUACAAAAAAGAAACUCGACUUGACUAAAAUCACAAAUCACUAAAUAGUUUUAUGUCCAUUACCUCAAUAUUUUAUCUUAGAUUUUGAAGUUAGAAUGUUUUUAAAACUUUUGUCCUUUUUAUAUUGUUUCUAUUUUAUUACUUACUACUUAGUCUUUUUCCACCGCUUAAUGUGUUUCCAUUGUUGAGUAUAUUUUAAUGAAAAUGUUCUCAGUGUAGUUUCGUUUUUCGUGAUUGACUAUAGUUAAACAAUAUUUUUGAUCAACAUGACCGUGUGAGAUUAAUAGUAAAAAUUAUUAUUGAUUGAUAUCUGUAUUAAUAUUUUUGUUUUCUUUUGAAUUUUUAAAAUAUUUUCUUUAUGUCUAACUUUUCUAAUGGAUGUUGUACUCUAUAAAUUCUGAUAAUCAUUGUCUUUUUACUGUAACACCAGUAAGUUUAAUGGUUACUCAUCUCAUACUAAUCUGAAUCCCAAAGAAGCAGCCAGCAUAUGCUUGACACAGAAUUCAAAUACAAAGUGUCGUCUCUGUGUUGAAGCACUGUUAAGCUAUUGCAAACUUUAUUAAAGCAUGCAGAUAAAUAUCA